GAGCGGUGCUUGACGAAAAACGUGCGUGGAUGUAGGGUGAAGAUAUGUAGUUAUCGCCCCAACUGGUUUCAUUCAAACUCCAGCGAACUCACCAGCGAAAGCAAUUAAAAGCAUUUAAAAGUAACUGCUCUCUUGAAAUCUGUUUCACGUAAAAUUGAGAUUGGAUAGACCAGACAGAUAAAUAAAUUAGCCACAUUGUGUUGCAGAGAAGAAAGAGGAUCCCCAACCAUGUCAUUGGCAGACGAGUUACUGGCAGAUCUAGAAGAGGGAGGUGAUGCCUUAGGAGAAACUGACAGCGAAGCUCUUAAUGAACUAACAGAAGUUGAAGAUGUUCUCAUGGAAACCGAUAUGUCAAAGGGGCGAACCUCUGUCCGAUCUGUUGCUAAAUUGCGGGACAGCGAUCAGCUGAAAGAAAUUUUGUCUCAAAUUCACAAAUACCAGAGUGGAACAAAGAAAAGAGAUGUGUCUGGACCAGUUGAAGCAGAUCCAGAGUAUUUACUUAUAGUGGAGGCCAACAACCUUACAGUUGAAAUUGAUAAUGAGAUCAAUGUUAUCCACAAAUUCACCAGAGAUAUUUAUUCUAAGAGAUUUCCUGAACUGGAAUCAUUGGUCCCAAUUCCAAUGGAUUAUUGUAGGACAGUAAAGGAAUUAGGUAACAAUAUCCUGGAGAACUCCAAGAGUAGUGAAGUUUUACAGGAAAUACUGACUCCAGCUACCAUCAUGGUGGUUAGUGUUACAGCCUCCACCACACAAGGUUCUGAACUUGGAGAGGAAGAUAUGGCAUUGGUGAUAGAAGCUUGUGAUAUGGCUGUGGAUUUGAAUAAUUACAAGUCAGAGAUAUUUGAGUAUGUCGAAUCCAGAAUGUCCUUUAUCGCCCCUAAUCUCUCUAUUAUUGUUGGUGCACCAAUUGCUGCCAAACUCAUGGGUUCAGCUGGAGGCCUGACUAACCUCUCCAAGAUGCCAUCAUGUAACAUUCAGGUAUUAGGUGCGCAGAAGAGAACAUUGUCAGGAUUCUCCUCCACAGCUAUCCAGCCUCACACAGGCUACGUCUUCCACUCAGAAAUAGUUCAGGAUACACCAGCGGAUCUGAGGAAGAAGGCCGCCCGUUUGGUUGCUGCUAAGUGUACCCUUGCUGCUAGAGUGGACAGUUUUCAUGAGAGUCUGGAUGGAACAGUGGGAGAUAAUCUAAAAGCAGAGAUCAUGCAGAAACUGGACAAGUUACAGGAACCUCCACCUGUGAAACAGGUCAAACCACUUGCCCCGCCUAUAGAUUCUCAGCGCAAGAAGAGAGGGGGCAGAAGAGCUCGCAAGAUGAAGGAACGUCUUGGACUUACAGAAAUGAGAAGGCAGGCAAACAGAAUGAACUUUGCAGAGAUUGAAGAGGAUGCUUACCAGGAUGACCUUGGCUUCUCAUUGGGCACACUGGGUGGAAAAACCGCUUCAGGCAGAGUCCGAGGACCAGCUGUAGACUCAAAAACAAAGGCCAGGAUCUCCAAAACUUUACAGCAAAAACUCUCCAAGCAGAACAAUGUAUGGGGAGGAAGUACAACAGUGAAGAAGCAGAUAGCAGGAACAGCAUCCAGUGUAGCCUUCACACCUCUACAGGGUUUAGAGAUUGUCAAUCCACAAGCAGCUGAGAAAAGGGUGCAAGAAGCGAACCAGAAAUAUUUCUCAAGUACAGCAAGUUUUCUCAAGUUAAAACAGAAAUGAAGAACAAAUAUGAAGUGUCUUUCCAAUAUAAGAGACCAUUUCCACUUACCAUUCAGCUAACUGGCUACAAUCUCUGACUUGAUGUCUUUAAGUGGAAGCUCUGCAGCUUUUACUAAAUGCCCCUUUAGGAAACAGUAAGCUGUGAGAGCAUUCAAGUGGCCGGUCACAAACUCUGUUAAUCCACUGUGACAUCACCCUUAGCACAGUGAGGGCAAAGUGCAAAUGUGUGAUGCACCAUCAUCACUUCUAUCCUGGAAAGCUGGAAGUCCUGAGGAAACAAGUCUAGCUUGCAGUAUAAAAUGCAGUAGGGCCUAUAUCUAAACUGAUCAUCGAUGAAAUUAGUUUGCAAAGACAAAAUGUAUCAUAAUCCUACAAAGACCUGAUGGUACAUAUAUAGACCAUACUGAACAGAAUCGGCAAGCUCUCUACUUCAGCUUGUGAAAUUUUCUUGGUAAACCAUGCCAUUUGCCAGAUAAAUAAACAUGACCUA